UAGCCAACCUAUGGGAAGGAAUAGAUUUUACACAUACAUGAUAGGUUGAAAGUUAUCUUCUCGAUGGAUAGCAACUUAUCAUCCAACUAGCUGGACGUGAGCAUUUCUCCUAUAUAAAUACAUAUGAAGAUCAUCUAACCUUCAUAUCAAACGAAAGGUCACCCCAAGUAGCCUUCCGAGUCUCCAUCAUGCUGGCUCUAUCUCCCCCUUUGUUUUCUUCCUUUGGGUGGCCACUGGAUGAUCAAACCGCCCAUAUUGAAAGGAACAAUUGUAUAGGCAAUGAUCCUUUCCUGAUCUACAACAGAGAAAUAGAAACUUCUGAAUCUUUUCUCCGGUGUGGCGAUAAUCGACCCGAUGCAGAGUUCGAAGAUCUCAGACAUCUGGAUUCCACUGGUGAUGAUCCUUCGACUACGAAGAAGAUUAGCCAUAAUGCCAAUGAACGGGACCGGCGUAAGAAGCUUAACAAUUUGUAUUCUACGCUUCGGUCUCUAAUGCCGGGAACCGACGAAACGAAGAAAUUGAGUAUUCCAGCUACCGUGUCCCGUGCAUUGAAAUACAUACCGGAGCUACAAAAACAGAUGGAAAGGCUGAUAAAAAGGAAGGAGGAGAUCCUAUCACAGAUCAUGAAGCAAGGAUACCCCACCCAUCUAAAAAACAAUGGAGUGGGGCCCGCCCAAGUGUCCCCAUCUGACCCAACCGUUUCGGUGUGCCAAGUUGAUGAUACACAUGUUGUGAUCCAGAUGUGCGUCUCCGAUGUAAGCAGGAAUCCCAUCUCAACGGUUCUGAUGAAUUUAGAGGAAGAGGGUAAUCGUGUGGUGAAUGCAUCGACCUUCUCCUCCGUUGACAAAGUCUUCUAUAAUGUCCAUCUUCAGGUGAAUGAGGUAGUGAGCAUGCAGAAUGGGUUGCUGAAGGAAAAACUCAUUUCAUUGUACGGGAGCAAGAAAAUACUAUUUCCACCACGCACUAUGUAGAAACUUUACAAAUGGUGGCUUCUUUCCUUGGAUGACAUUGUAUUAUAGUUGGUUAAGGCAAGAUGUAAAACAGUAUAACAGUACCACUAACAUUCCCAACUAGCACGCGGACGCAACUAUGGAAGUUAUGUGAUAUACUGUGGCAUGAUUUGAUGGUUCAUAUCCA